AUGGAAGAUUUAGAAACAAAAUGUAAAAUCUGUUACUCAAAAGAAGAUCCUGUUUCACCUAACGAUGAUUUAAUAUCUCCUUGUAAUUGUAAAGGUACGCUAAAAUACGUUCAUAAAAGCUGUUUAAAGAUGUGGAGGUACAAAUCACAAUAUUACAGUGCGAAAAAAUGUUUGCAGUGCAGAACGUUUUACAAACUUAAAGACGAAGUAACACCAAAUAGUAUCUUUUUAUUUUUUUGUACACUGCUUGUAUUAUUUACAGUACAUUUAUUAAUUUCUCUUGUAUUGAAAAUAUUUAUGUCAAAUUCUUAUUUAAUCCACACAAAUGUAGAAUUAUAUGAUUUAUUUAAUGUAAAAAAGCCUACUAUAUCGUACAUGGACUUAAGAUUACAUAUCACGACACUAUUUAUUUACAUCCUUGUUUUUAAAGUAGUUUUUUAUAACAGUUUUCUGUCAAUUUUUAAUUUUGUGUUUACGUACUGGAGAAUCGUACAGUUAGAUUUUUUUGUGGACAAGUUGUUAUAUGCGGGGUUGUGUAUUUACUACUACAAACAGAUGUAUAAUGUUUUAUUUUAUAGGAUAGAAAAUUACUGUACAUCAUUACAGGACAAGCAAAGUUAA